CUUUUAAGUCUCUAAACUUUCUUGAGUUUGGAUUGUUCUAGUUUCUUUACUCAGAUUUUACUUCUCACAAAAUGGGAAGAAAGCCAUGUUGUGACAAGGUUGGAUUGAAACGAGGUCCAUGGACAAUCGAGGAGGAUCAUAAGCUCAUGAAUUUUAUCCUCAACAAUGGUAUUCAUUGCUGGAGAACUGUUCCAAAGCUUGCUGGGCUUCUGAGGUGUGGGAAGAGCUGCAGAUUAAGAUGGAUUAAUUAUCUUAGACCUGACCUUAAGAGAGGUGGUUUUUCAGAAACAGAGGAGGAUCAGAUCAUUCAGCUUCACGCGCAAUUAGGAAACAGGUGGUCUAAGAUAGCAUCACAUUUUCCUGGUCGAACGGAUAAUGAAAUCAAGAACCAUUGGAAUACAAGAAUCAAGAAGAAGCUAAAGUUGCUUGGAAUAGACCCUGUAACACACAAGCCUAUAGAACAAGCAGAGGAAAAAGGGAAUAAGGUUGAGUUGAAUUCUUCUAGCAAAGAAGAGAGCUUGGAGGUCAAGGCACAGGAUGACCAAGGCAAGAAACAGGAAAUUCAAGAACCAAACUUGGAUGAAACCAAUGAUCUUUUAAGCAACUUUGAGAUGAUGCUGGGUGGGAAUUUUGAUUUGGAGCAAUGGUUGGAACAAGAAACAAACACUUGUUCUUCUCACACUUCUUCAUUUUCCCUUGAAGAAUCGAACUCGAACAACCCUUCAACAAUGGAUGAUCAAUUUCCUUCAAUUCAACAGGACCCUCUGCAACAAUGGGUUGAAAGUGUGGAUUCUUUCCUCUCUUGGGACUGCUUCAAUCAACUAGCUGAAGAAAACAUUUUCCUCUUGGGAAAAUAGCUUGAUCAACUUUCCGAACAUACCCUUUUCUGCAUUGUUGAGAAAUAAAAUCUUUAGAAAAAG